AUGGUUCUAAUUUCAGAAAAAAGAAAUAAUAGGAAUAUUAAAAAUGUGCAUAAAAAUAUAUUGGGUAGUGCAAUAGACUAUUUGUUAUCACCUAAAUCAUUUAGAAUUUUAUUUACUUUUAUCUAUAUAAUUGCAAUUAAAUCUUUUAUACAAUUCACUAUCACAAGAAGAUAUUUUGUACCUACUGAAGAACAACCUCAAUAUAAAGUAAUUCAAUGGCUAUUAGUUAGAUCUUUAGCUAUUUUAUAUUUCAUAUCUUUUCUAUCUAUAAAAUCACAGUUACUUGGAUUGUUUGGAAAGAAUGGUGUACUACCAAUAGUAGAGAAUGUAAAAAAGAAAAGAGAAAAGAAAAAGGCAUUCAUUGAUUCACCAUCAAUAUUCCUUUUAGUUCAACCCUAUAAGAUUACAGACUCUUUUUUAACAAAUUGUUGUAAUUAUGGUUUAUUAUGCUCAACUCUAUUGUUUUUAGAUAUAUGUCCAACAUUGAAUUUAUUUUUAUUAUUCACUGUUUAUUUAUCUUUUAAAAAUUGUGGAGGUGAAUUCUUUCAGUUACAAUUUGAUAAUUUAAUGUUGGAUACUACUUUUUGGACAAUUUUACUUCCACCAUUUAGGUUUAUACCAUUUGUAAGUUUGAAUGGAAGCGGAUUCUAUCAUUAUUCAAUAUGGUGGAUGUUUCAUUGGAUGUCUAUAAGGUUGUUCUUUGCAAGUGGAAUAUGUAAAAUAUCAUCUGGUGACUCAUCAUGGAGUGAAGGAGUUGCUUUGAAUUACCACUUCUGGACACAGCCAAUGCCUAUUUGGACUAGUUAUAUUUUCAAUGAGCUUCCUCAAACUAUCAAGAAACUUGGAUGUUGGUACCAUUUCAUUGUUGAGAUAUUCUCUCCAAUCCUAUUAAUGAUACCAUGUUUUAUUAAUUUUAAUGUAUUAAAUUUAAUAUUACUACAAGUAUUUAUAUUGGCAAGUGGAAACUAUGGUGUUUUUAAUUUAAAUUCAAUCAUUAUAUCAGCUACUUUUUGGGAUGAUUCUAUCUUACCUUUUUCUUUUAGAAAUCUAAUUUCAAAGUGGAUAGUAUCAAACAAUGAUGCCAUUGGAAGUUUAAUAUAUGAAGGAUUCUUUGUUAUUUUGGCAUUAGCUAUUGUAAUAUCAACUUUAUGUUUAUCAUACAUACCUUUAUCAAAUCUAACUAGAGGAAUGUUAGAUAUUAAUAUUAGCUUAUAUCAACGAUAUAUGUAUGUCGCUAGAUUUGGAUUGUUAAAUUACUAUGGUUUGUUCGCAUCGAUGACUACCACAAGAAGAGAAGUCAUCUUCAAAGGAUCUCACGAUGGAAAAGAGUGGUUACAAUAUGAAUUCAAUUGGAAACCCGGUGAUUUAAAUAGACGACCUGACUUGAUUAUUGGGCAUCUACCACGAUUGGAAUGGCGAUUGUGGUUCGCUCAAUUCGAGACAUUUGGAAUGAGUAAGAGUCAGUGGUUCGAAAAUUUCUGUCAACGACUACUGGAGAACCAGCCAGAGGUAGUCAAUAUGCUCAGGAAGAAUCCUUUCCACUCAAAGAAACCAAAGUACUUGCGUUGUGAGAUUGCAGCCUAUGAAUUCUCUGAUAACAAUCCUUUCCACCGAAUCAGUCACAAAAAACAGAAAGAAAAAGACGAACAACAACAGCUACCACCUCUUGAAACAGAUUCACAAGGUAACAUUCUAAAGUCAAGAUUCGAAGACGACGGUACUUGGUGGCGUAAAGAAAAGUCUUAUCUCUACUAUCCCACUAUGACGCUAUGUGAAAAUAAACUUGCAUUCAUAAUGCAACAAUAA